UCGUGUAAAUGAGUGAGGUAAAGUUGUGUUUAAUUACGUUGGAUUGAACUUGAGCAUCACGGUCCAUCAAGUACGUACCCCGAUGCAUCCUUCAUUCCUUCCCAAUUUGGUCUUUCGAAUAAUAUUAGCGGGAGGGAAGGCUCGGUCUUCCCCACACUGCCACAUUGUGACCUGCAGGCUGCACCUGCCUGCAGCCAGUGAACUGUCAUCCCCCACUUGGCAAGAACCCCACCGCGUCCCGUGUCCCGCGCUGCAGGACCGCCCGGACUUUGCUCCUGCCUCUGAGCCCGAGCUCGAGCACAACCUUCCAUCCUUGCCACUCUCAGCCUCCUCAACCGCCCGGUGUCAUCUUCUCCUCUUCCUUCGAACGUCAGCAUCAUUAUCACAAACAAUCCUCGAACCGGCUCGAACCAAGCUUUAUACAGCACCGCACCCUACUGAUCCGCGGAACAAUCUCCAAGAUGUCCUCCCAACCUAACCCGCUCCGCAACAUUCAGACGUCGACCGUCUUCCUCAACACAACCCUCGCCGGCCUAAACCUGGGCCUCUCCUUCUUUGUCGUGCCCCGUCUCCUUGAAUCGCCGACUCCUCUCAUGCUACGACAGUGGUCCAACAUGUUCAAGCGGACCAGUCGGGUCUUCCCGCUGCCGACCCUCUUCUGUGCGUUGAGCUACUGGUACAUGGCCUAUGCCGUGCGCCACCUGCCCAGCAAAUCGAAGCUACUGGCCGCUGCCGGUGCCCUUUGCUUUUCAAUGGUCCCUUGGACUGGCUUAUUCAUGGUCAGCAUCAACAAGAAGCUGUUCAAGAAAGCCGAGGAAACCAAAGAUAUGGGCAUCAUGGCCAUUGGUCUGACCCAGGAAGAAGAGGAGGGCGCCAAGUCUCUCGUGGAUCAAUGGGGGUUGUACAAUCUCGGAAGGGGAAUUGCCAUCGGUCUUGGUGGUGCCGUUGGUCUUUACAGCAUCGUUUCUUGAUUCAAGUUUAAUUCUCAAAGUCAAAGCAGAAUCCUCUUGGCUGGUCGUUAUCUGUAGCGUAACGGAGGUUCUCAUCAAUCACUUGGAGUCAUCACCACGCUGCAUUUUUUGAACUCAUGGGUAUCAUCAUUACAACUAUUCUACUA